AUGGGAGUUCUUCAAACGGUUGUCAUUCUCGUCGGAGUAGCUGCUGCUGCUGGGUACUUUGUCUUUGUCUCGGACUUGGUGGUGACAACUUGGUCGCCUGUAGUGGCUGGCUGUGAGCUGUCGCUGGAGCGGACAGCCCGUGGCAACUCAGUCUUUAUGGGUGAUGAGCCCAAGGUGAUGGCCAUCGAUGCAGCCAUCGCCGCUAUGCGUCUGCCCGAGGUGGCCGAGGAGGCCUACACCGUGCUAGACGAGCAUUCCAAGGAAAUGCUCGAGGCUUAUGCUCAUGGCGUCAACGCGUACAUUGCCGAUCAUUGGCGACCUUUUGAGUUGGCUCUCGUCGGCUACGAUCCCGAGCCGUGGACUCCGCAAGACACGCUCAUGACCCUUAACCUCAUGUCGGUGGUCGAUCUCGCAGACGCCCAGUUGAUGAUGGAGAAGUUUGUUGUUCAGGCAGUGGCGGGCGGCGCUCCUCUGGCGCCGCUGCACGCGCUUCUUGGUCCGGCCGUCGCAGGUCUCGACGACGAGCUUGCUGCCGAGAUCAAGGAGCUCAUUCUGUACGACCUCCCUGUCCCUGACAUCCUGUCCAUGGUCGCCGGCGCGCCGGUCAAGGGGCUCGGCUCCAACAACUGGGUUGUUGACGGCUCGGUGACCGCGUCGGGCAAACCGAUUAUGAGCUCGGACCCGCACCUGCAGACUUCGCGCCUGCCGGCAGUGUGGUACGAGGUUGUCGUCUCGGUCCGCGGCGGCACGACCUGGGCCGGCAUCGGCAUGCCGGGCCUGCCGGGCCUAAUUAUGGGCCGUACUGACGCACUUGCCUUCUCAUUCACCUAUGGCUUUGCCGACCAGUUUGAGCUCGUCAUCGAAGAGAUUGUGGAUGGCAAGUACCGUGCCGGCGCCGACAAGUGGCUUCCGCUCGCGGUGCGGACGGCGACACUGAAGCAGAAAGGUGGCAGCCCGGUGACGGCAACCUACUACUCGACGCGCAACGGCCUCCUCGAGUACGAUCCGCUGGCGGCCCAGCCGCCAGCGGACGGCAAGUACCUCGCGCGAGUUUGCUCAAUCUCCGGAGCCGGCAUUGCGCAGACCAUUGCGGCAGCGCUCCGGGCCUCCGAGGCCCAGACAGUGGCCGAGGCUCAGGCGCUGCAGGCGCAGUUUGCGCCGUCGUUCAACUUUCUCACCGCCGACACUGCAGGCAACAUCGGGUACCAGCAGUCUGGCGAGGCGUUUGCCGGUGGCCCGUCGUUUGUCCCGCGCAACGGCUGGAAGCUCGCGUCGCCGCUGGCGACUGCGGAACGGAUGCCUGCGUCCGAGCUAGUGCGCGUCACCAACCCACCGAGUGGAAUGAUGGCAACGGCUAACAACGACGUGUGCGCCGACAUGCCGGGCGGCGCCGGGCGGGAGCAGUGCAUUGUCAACCUUCACAUGGGCCCUGACCGCGCGUCGCGGAUCAUGGCCAAGCUCGCGCAUGAGGCUGCCAAACACCCGCUCACCGCUGCGGACAUGAAGGCUCUGCAGCAGGACAUGUACUCGCCGUUCAUGGCGGCGCUGCUUGAUGGCUGGCUCGGCACUGAACUCGGCAAGCUCGCUGCCGCCGGCAACGUCGGCGCCCAGGCUCUUCUUGCCUGGGACCGCCGCUACACGCCCGAUUCGGCUGCAGCCUCGCUCUCUCACGACAUCCUCCACGCUCUUCUCGACGCUACGUACUCUCUUGUGUUUGGCCACGAGGCGUGGCAUCGUGUGGUCACCGAGACGCCGCUCUACGCCGACUUUGCACACCUGUUUAACGCUGCGCUACUCGAUGUCUCGACCGACAAGCUUGGCGUCUUCUCGUCGCCUGACGCCAAGGCAUCGGCGCUGGCUGCAGCCGCGGCUACCGUGCUUGCGCCUGUGGCCGAGCAGGAUGCUUUGGCAACAGUCGAGGCGUGGGGCGACCGGAUGGCGUUUACCCAGCUCAAUAUCUUCUUUGACGGCCACAUGGCGUUCCUUGGCCUUAACAACGGGCCGAUCCAGAUGCGCGGCUCGCACGGUGUUGUAGUCCAGGGCGCGCUCACCACCAUCAAGGGCCGCGCUUCCAACUGGUCGCAGUCCUGGCUCAUGGUCACCGAUCUGGCGUCGUCUUUCAUGGAGACGCUCCUUCCAGGCGGUCCGUCUGGCCGUCGCUUUUCAUGGCUCUACCUCACCGGCAUCGACGACUGGAUCAGUUACAACCACAAGACCAUCGACGUCUUUUCAGCCUCAUCCACCGCCGAUGCCGCCGCCAAGACCGAUCUGUAA